ACAAUCUGGGGAAGACAACAAGAUGCUGGUGUGUGACACAUGUGACAAAGGCUACCACACUUUCUGUCUACAGCCGGUUAUGGACGCCGUUCCAACAAAUGGUUGGAAAUGUAAAAACUGUAGAGUAUGUGCUGAGUGUGGCACACGAACAAGUUGUCAGUGGCACCAUAAUUGUUUGGUAUGUGACAGUUGUUACCAACAGCAAGACAACUUAUCUUGUCCUUUCUGUGAAAAACUGUGCCUCCAAGACUUCCAGAAAGAUAUGUUGCAUUGUCACAUGUGCAAAAGGUGGAUUCACAUAGAAUGUGACAGAUCUCCAGGUAGUGAAUUGGAGUCUCAGUUGAAAGACUACAUCUGCACUCUUUGUAGACAAGGAGAAGGGGAUCACACUCAGUCAUGUGAUGUAAUGAACACUUCUGAACUCAUUCCUGAACCUGACAGCAUAACAGCUUGUACAAAUGAAAUGGAAAUGGAAGGUGGUGGAGAGGAUGUGACAUUUCAGGAACAACCUGUUACUGGUGAUGGCCCUGAUCAGGAAUCAGCUGUUGGACAUGUCCCAGAAG